AACCAUCCAGUCGGCUUGGCAAACCUUUGUCAACAACCUUUCGGAUCUCGCCGCAGUUAAAGUUCCAAGGUACUGUUUAUCUGCUAACAUGCAGUCGUUGCAAAUACAUGGAUUUUGUGAUUCAUCGAUUCGUGCUUAUGGCUGCGGAAUAUAUAUACGCAUCGUAGACAAUACUGGUAAUGUUCGCGUUCGCCUUCUCACGGCAAAAUCGCGUGUGGCCCCAACCAAACGACAGUCGCUACCAAAGCUGGAGCUUUGCGGUGCACUACUACUUGCCCGACUCUUUACAAAAAUUACACCCAUGUUUUCUAAUUAUAAUUUCGAUACCUUUCUUUGGACAGAUUCGCAAAUCGUCCUUCACUGGCUCCAACUGCAUUCGGUUACGCUGUCAGCUUUCGCUGGCAACAGAGUGUCGGAAAUACAGGAUUCGACUAGGGACGCUCAUUGGAGACAUGUACCGACGAAAUGCAAUCCAGCCGAUAUUGUGUCCAGAGGAAGCACAGCGCUUGAACUUGGUGGCUCGAUUUGGCUAACUGGUCCAGCGUUUUUGUACGAAAAUAUAAACAACUGGCCUAACCAAUCAAAUGACGCGGUGCAGUUCUCACACUCGUGAAGUCCGGAUUGUUGCAAGGAUGCUCCGUUUUUGCGCAAGGCUCAAGAAAGCUAAUACAGAAAUCGUAAAAGGGCCUCUCACUGCUGAUGAACUAUACCGCGCUUUGUUAUGCAUUGUAUGGAACGUGCAACAACAAUAUUUUGCUGGAGGUAUUCGUCUUUUGCAGAAAGAGUCAACAACAAAUGGCAUGCUACGUAAUCUAAACCCUUUCUUGGAGUCUACUCAUGACUUUGAACUGUUGAAAGUUGGCGGACGACUUGAAUUGGCAGAUCUUCCAGAAAGCAGAAAGCACCCUAUUUUAUUAC